AUGGGGUGUUGCUAUAGUAUUUGUCACAAAGACACCGACCCGCAGGAAAACGUAGUUAACGAAAGAACACACUUGCUAGAAGUGACGGAGCAACAACAGGAAACGCCGGUGCCUGCGUCAUCGGCGUCCACCCCACCGAGAAAGCCUGAUGAGCAGAGCGCUCUCAACAGGAUACUUCAUGAGACUGCCACUAACGUGAUCGACGUGGGCGCCCUAGGCCCUUAUGCACUAGAGGCGAGCGCAUAUAGCGAGCGUGUGCGCGUGUAUAGCGCUCGCGUGGCGGGACUGGCCGCGGCCCCAGCGCCUCCGCCGCGCCUGCUCGCCGACUUGCCGCAUGCCGAGCGCGCCAGCAUGCUGUCCAACCCACCACUCGCGUUCGCUGAUAAGGAGCUUAUAACGAACGCGGUAAAGAAAGCGGCAGCCGCCCUCUCUGAGCUCCGCGUGAAACAUCUAGAGGAUUUGGUGGUGCCCUUUAGGGUCCCUUAG